AUGGCGGCCAAAACCGAGAAGCUGGACCCGGUUUGGGACGAUCUCGACAGGACCAUGGGCCAACUGUUCAUGAUGGGGUUCGACGGGACCACUGUUACCCCACACAUUCGGACAAUUAUCGAGGACUUCCAAGUUGGCUCAAUCUUGCUUACCGCAAAAAAUUGCAAAUCUGCUGAACAGACAACCAAACUCUGUUAUGAUUUGCAAAAGAUUGCCCAUAAAGCUGGCCACCCAGUUCCUCUGGCCAUUGGUCUCGAUCAAGAAAAUGGCGGUGUCAAUAGUCUCUUCGAUGAGAUCUACAUUCGCCAAUACCCCAGCAACAUGGGCAUGUCAGCCACAGGAUCCACUCAAUUGGCUUUCGAAGUAGCAAAGGCAACUGCACAGGAGAUUGCUGCGUGUGGCAUCAACUGGAUCUUCGGGCCAUGUCUGGACGUCCUCACUAAUGCGAGAAAUCAGCCUCUCGGAGUCAGGACAGCUGGUGACGACCCCCAGGAAGUUGCGGCGUACGGCUGCGCGUUCAUGCAAGGCUACAAAGAGGCGGGACUAGUCACGUUGGGGAAGCAUUUCCCGUCGUAUGGGAAUAUCGAGUUCCUUGGCUCAACCCUCGAUGUUCCCAUCAUAACUGAGUCGCUGGAACAGCUGAGCCUGAGCGCUCUGAUUCCUUACAAGAAAGCCAUCGAGGAAGGUCUCGACUCCAUGUUUGUAGGCGGAUGCGCAAUGUCCUCAGCAGGCCUAAAUGCCAUGCAUGCUUGUCUCUCGGAGCAGGUUAUCGACGGACUCCUACGCACUGAACUAAAGUUCGAUGGUGUGGUUGUUUCGGAGUGUCUGGAGAUGGAAGCGCUCAGCCACAACAUCGGUGUUGGCGGCGGCACAGUCAUGGCUGUCAAUGCUGGUUGUGAUGUUAUUCUCCUUUGCCAUUCAUUCGAAUUCCAACAAGAAGGAAUGAAAGGCUUGAAGACUGGAAUCGAAAACGAGAUGGUUUCGAAGGCCAGGAUCUUCAACUCGCUAAGACGUGUAUUGAAUUUGAAGGAGAAGUGUACAUCUUGGGACAAGGCACUGAAUCCCCCAGGCGUCAGCUACCUCGAAACACUACAGCCUUCCCAUACGGCGUUGUCCACAAAGGCGUACAACAGCUCAAUAUCGGUCGUACGCGACAAAAACAGGCUCUUGCCUUUGACCAACAUUCUGGAAAGCGAGGAAGAGUUGCUUUUACUGACUCCAUUAGUAAAGCCUUUGGCUGCGUCUGCCGCAUCCCGAGAGCUGUCUGAUGCUGCAGCUACUCAUUCGCCCGAGCCUCACGCCUGGGAGCACAGCUCCUCAGUGAUGAGUGGAGAACGCGUUUUCAGAGAGCUAGGAAGGUCUCUGGCCAGACAACGGAACGGAAGAGUGUUACACACCUCGUAUACCGCAAAUGGCGUCCGACCCGUACACGAGAAUCUCAUCAAUCGCGCAAGCGCCAUCAUCGUACUUACUGCUGACGCCAACCGGAACUUAUAUCAGUCUGGCUUCACCAAACACGUUUCCAUGAUAUGCAACAUGCAGUACACUACCGGCGGGGAAAAGCGCGAAAAGCCCUUGAUUGUGGUUGCUGUCAGCUCUCCGUACGACUUCGCCAUGGAUACAUCCAUUGGAACCUACAUCUGCACGUACGACUUUACAGAAACGGCGCUGAAUUCCCUGGUGAGAGUUCUGUACGGGGAACUUUCGCCGACAGGAACACUGCCGGGAACGAUCAGUAAGAGCCAGAAAUUGCACCCGUCAAGACAGCAUUGGUUGGUUGAGAUCUUCAACGAAGAGCGUGAUGCGAAUGCUCUUGAUGCGCUCAUCAAUGUAGUCAUGGACGGUACAGCACCCAAUCAGCGAUCAGAGUUGUCGAGCGCGACUUCCAGCUCAUUCAUACUGCAUCACCCUGAGGUGGAAGAAUCGCACUUUGUCGUAAGGAACAGUAGCACUCAAGCGCUUUAUGGCUUUUGCUCUACGUACUUCUUCAAAACGACAGGCACAGGAGUCAUCAGCGCGCUAUUCGUCGAUCCGGCCCGGAGAAAGUUGUCGAUUGGCCAUUCACUACACAAUCGAGCCAUCAGGACAUUGCUGCAGAAAGAGGGCAUCAAGCGGUUUCAGUUGGGCUCUCGACUGCCAAGCGUGUAUCUCGGGAUCCCUACAGGCCACGGCUCUGAGCGUAAACGACUACGAUCGUGGUUCGCCAACCUUGGCUGGAAUGCGGCGCUUUCACGGCCCAUUUGCAGCAUGGUAGCCCGUAGCUUGCAGACAUGGACGCCCCCUGAGGGCAUGGCGAAGAGCUUAGCGAGUGCAGGUGCACAGUUUGAUCUCGUCUACGGUUGGGACUUUGCAGGACCUGUCCUUGAUCACAUCAAGACUAGCAAUCGACAAGGUCUAGCCGAGGUGUACAAGCUUGCCCUCUCCGAUCCCCAAGCUUGCGGUAUCAUCCGUGCGAAACGUCCAGAGGACGGUGCUCUUGUAGGCACGGUAGUGCUAUACAACCAACAUUCGCGGCUCUCGGAAUACAUACCAUCACUCAAAGAUGUCAACGAAUCAGCUGGCGGUAUCUCUUCGCCGGUCAUAUCACCUGGCGUGGGAGAGUACUCCACGCUGCUCCAAGGGCUCAUCCUGCUCGGAAUGCGGCAGAUCAAGGCCCAGGGCUGUAAUGCCUGCUUGCUUGACUACAUGGACGGCGAUGGAAACUUUGACGGUUUCUCCGCAAUGGGGUUCGAUGCCAUGCACAACUUCGAGGAGGUGUCUUGUGAUGCAGCGACGUGGACGAUGAUACCACCUGCUUGA